GAGAGCUGACAAACUGAGUCAGGUGAGAGUGGAUACGAGACACAGAGAAGGAGCACACUGCAAGCAAACCACAGCCCACCUGUGCUGUGCUUUUAACAGACUCCUGAAAGGGAGGACAUAACAUUACCAAGAGGAUUGCUGACAGGCUCACAGCUGAUGAUGCAUUUAUAGAGACAAAGUGAUGAGAAGAUACAAGAGGGAUUGUUAGAAGAGGGAUACACUAAACUAGAGCUCAAGUUAUCAGAACAGUGCAUCUGAUAGAUGAAGUGACUGGGAGGGGCCAAAUUCCUGCAAGAUGGAGCCAAGUCCUGCUGUGUGGUACACCCAGGUGGUCCUUGAUGCAGACCUGGAAAGGGCAAGCUCACAUCCUGAAUGUUCCAUCUGCUUCAACACCUACGACAAUGUCUUCAAAACACCAAAACAGCUGGAUUGCACCCACACCUUCUGCCUCGAGUGCCUUUCCCGGAUCAUGACCACCUCCAUGGACCCCCAAAACUCUAAAAUCUCUUGCCCCUUCUGCCGCCACCCCACAACCAUCCCAAAAAAGGGGCCCCCAGCUCUGACCACCAGCCAGGAGGUGCUGUGUCGUCUGCCCGUCCACCAACAGCAGGAAGAGCCUGUAUGGUUGGAUGGGGAGAGGCUGUGCUACCAACGACCAAUAGACAUGCCAGGCAUGCCAGCCUUCUGUAUCUGCAUCGACAUUGGGGCCAAUGGACAUGGUGCUGUUUCUUCUACCCAGACUCGACCACGACUUAGGUUGCUUGAUCGGCUGAUGGACUGGAAACGGUUGACGCUCUUCAUUGUCCUCAUGGUGCUGCUCAUGGUGAUCAUUCUGUGGCCCCUGCAGUGCAUCGUCACAACUGGCACCAUGCGUUGUGCACCGCAGCACCCAAGGCCACAUUCUACCACAGCAUCUUACACGUCGAUACCAAAAGUUUAAGAUACACACAUAUGUACUAGAAUCCUACAAAACCGAGACUCAAUACAUAUCCAUCAUGGACAAAGUGAAAUAAAACAGAUCUACUUUGCUGUUGGACUUUCAAAGACAAAAAAUAGCAAAGAUCUUUGUGUCAGUUUACAGCCAUAAUGCCUUGUGAAGCUUGUUGGGUGCUAAGGGAGAUAUAGGGAGCAAAAUAACUGGGGUAAAGGAUAGCUAACUGCAUGGCCUUAUUACAAAGGACAGAGAAGACUUCUUGUAUGUAUUCCAAGAAUUAUUUGUGGAGCAUACAAAGAUAUGAUCCAGUGACUCAAAUAGCAACUACUAAUAUGGAUUAACAUUCUAGUAACCAACAUUUGCAACUUGAAGUAAAUGGUGUCAUGUACAUCAAUAAGGAACAAAAUAGUGUUUAUCCUACAGUACAUUUGAGUCAUUCUAUCACUGCGAAAGUGUCAAAGUCAAUAGCUGACUGCACUGAUUAAAAUAUCGCUUUUUACAGGAAUGUUCCAGGUAAAUUGAGUUUAAUCAGCAGCAUCUGUGGCAUAAUGUUGAUUACCACAAAUAAUUAUUUCAACGCUCUUUGUAAAAUACACAUUAUUUCAAAAGUAUAGCCACAAGGUGUAAACAUUAUACAUACUAACAUGAUUUUAGUGUGAUAAAAUUGCUUACUAACAUUAUCUUUGCAAAGUUACAUCCAGUUCCGGGAUUACAGGUUAUUGGAUCUAACUUUAAACAGAUAAGGUAAAUAAGCGAUUUUAACACACUGAAAUGAUGUUAGCAUGUAUAAAGUUUAUGUUUUGUGGCUAGACUUUUGAAACAAUGUGUAUGUUAGUAUCUAUGGACUGGCCCAAUUUACUUUCACUGUAAGUGCAAUGCACAGUAUCCUAACCAGACGCAAUGAUGUGACAUGCGUUUAAAGGUAUCUUUUCCAUGUUAAACAGAGUUUUUGUCCUAACCAGCCGCGAUAGUUACACGCGAAGAGUGACAGGCAUGGACCCUUUUCACAUAUCCUGCUUGGAGAGUGGAAGUAGAUGCAUAGCAGGGUAAACUUGAAUGGCGGUGAAUGGGAGAACACAGUAAAUUUAAUUUUUGCUUACCCAUUUGCUCCAACAGCAAAAGAAAAAAAAUCAACGAUUACGCUUUCACAGCUUUGCAAAAGAAGAUAAAAAUAUACAGCGCUAGAUAACAGCAGUAAGAAGAGAGAAAUAGGCCAAAUUUUCUGUCACUUCCUCAGCAGCUGUGUUAAAAGUUUAAUCGCAGCUGUGGUAACUCAUUUUUUAAAACUUAUUCCAGGGUAAUAUAAGACAAAGUACAAUGUUAUACAUUUUAAAUACUUUUUAAAUUGGAAAUAUAAAAAAGUUUGCUACAUUUACGUUGUUUCUCUCUACUUCCCUGUCACGUGGAGAUCGGCGAAAUAACAACAGGAGUGCCGCAUGAACAUAAACAAUGGUAACAGACUGAAUUUGGACACGUUUUGGACAGCUUUGCACUGUGUAUGUAGAAAGCAUAUACUCAUAGGCAGCUUCAGUGAGAAAAUGAGUUGCGUUCAAUAAACAGACUGUUCGUCUGUGAUUGCUCUGAUUUCUGCAUUUUAUUGUCAAUUCUCCUCUUUUUAGUGUAUAAAUAUUGCAGUGUCGUCGUGUUGCAUCUAGUGUGGACAGACAGAUUGCUCAUCUCUGGAAUCUUAUCAUGAAUCUAGGACAAUGUGUAACUGCAAUUUUUGCAAGUAAAACAUAUGCAAGUAAAACAACUGCAGUAAAAACAUUAUAGUAAUCAACAUUAUGCCACAAAUGCUGUCAAUUAAGCUUAACUUGUAUUGAACCUGGACAGUUUCUUUAAAAAAAGGUUUGCUAGAUCCCAUUCACCUACAUUUGUAAAGGCGAUGUAUUACAUUUUGGUAACAGUUUAUUGACAGAGUAAUCCAAAGAAAACAGAACAUUUUGUACUUUUGAAAAACUGUAUAUAUUGCACUUAAUUGUAUUGCAUUCUGAAUUUUGUAUUUUGUAUACAAAAAAUAAACUAUUGCUGCAAAAAGCACAAGGAAGUUGUAAAGUUUAAUGAAUGAAUGUCAUGGAAUUUAAUUUUUUAAAUUUCUAUUGGUGCAAUCUCAAUAAUUCCAGCCGACAAAAGCAGGGAAAAGCAUACAGGUUAAUGCUGCCCUAAUUGAACACUUCCUCCUCCCGUGGACGGUUAAGAGUACACACCUCAGAAUAACUGCCUGAAACCUGAACCCCCACCUCCUAUGGCGGGCUCUAUGAACACGCUCACACCCACGUAAACUGAUCCAUCUAGCCUGAAUGGCUAUGUCAAAUCAUUGGAUGAAUUAUUUGCUUCCUACUUCCAGGGUGUUUUUUGAGGAAAAUAUAAUUAAAGUUGUUAAUCUUUAACCUAAAAUGUUAAAUGGUUACACAGAGGAGGAAAUUAUAUCUUUUCCAUAUUUGAAGUACGUCUAAUGCUUGUUUGCAACAAGGUGAACGGAGUCAAAGACAACGUUAGGUGAAAUUUCCCAGUGUAUGCUUUAUUAUUCAAUAUCUAAUCUUUUAUCAUCAUUAGAGACGUAUAUCAGCUGUAUUUGCCAGGGCAGAAGGCAUUUUAGGCUGAACCGGUGCAAGAGGGAACACAGUCUUUACCACACGAGGACAGUCAGCACAACAUUAUUCAGAUCAAACCUGAUCACCACCAGAAAAAUAAAAUAAAAUGAGAUUAAAAAAGACCCACUAACAUAGUAUUCAAGUAAAUGUAAAGAGCAGACUUUAAAAUUGUGAUUAAGCAAGCAGAUACUCUAGCUUCAUAAGCAACAUCAUUAAUAAUAAUAAUAGUUAAAGCAUUUUGAAAUAAUAUGCUAAAUUUAGCUGUGAAUAUUUCCAUCUAUGUAUUAACAAACAACUGAAAUGUACAAUUUACACCGAAUCAUUAAUUGAGCAAAAACAAGAAAACAACGGAUAUAUAAAUGCAAAAUACCACAUUAAUAGCAAACACCAAAGACAAAAAAAAAAAAAAAAAGUCAAAUAUUU